AUGGGUGACGGUGGUGUCCUGCUCACCGCACUUGUCCUGCUGCUGGCCGCCGUGGCUGUCUGCUGGGCCAUCGGCCACUGGCAACCACGGCGGCGGCACACACGGACAGCAGCGACGAGGAGCAAGCGCUCCCGCGUCCGGCCCAGAGGCUCUCGGAGGAAGCGAGGAGCCCCCGCGGCUCCCAGGUCCUGCGGGCCUCGGGCCACCUCUCACAAGCGGCCACGCGCUCCCGCCAGCCCCACGCGCGGCGCCUGCAGCUGCCGCCGCUGCACGGCAGUGGCCCGCGAGCUGCAGGAACUGAUGCUGCUGCUCUGGGCUGGCACUGGGACACGUGUGCCGCUCUACGCGGGGAUGUGGCAGGCGCUGUGGGAAGGACUGGAGGAGCUGGGGAAGCGAGGCCACCUGCCCUGCUGCGGCUCCUUCAGAUCCUCCACAAGCCUCCGUCCCCGCAAGAGGCUGCUCCCAGCAAGACUCUCCAUCCCUGGGAGCGCCUCAACCCCUGCAAGGAUGGCACAGCAGCGGAGACCCGCCAUCCACGCAGGAGGUGCAGGCUGUCAGAGACCCUCCAUCCUGCCAGGAGCCUCUGCUAUCUCUGACAGCCUCCAUCCCUCGCAGAGGCUCAGUGAGACCUGUCGGCCUGCAGAAGGUGCAGAGCCCAUGCACAGGUCUCCCAGCUCCCUUGGGCUCACGGACUUCAAGGGCACAACCCCGAGCCUUGACGUGGCCAGGGAGAGCCCUGAAGUCCAGAUGGGAGCCCAGCCUGAGGCAGGGGAGCUCCAAGAGACCUGUCGGCCUGCAGAAGCUGGCAACAGCCCCAGCCUGGUGGUGGAGCCGAUCCUUGAGACACCAAGGAGUCUCCUCCAUCCCCAGGAAGCUGCCGCACCACGGCUCUCGACUACCUCGAAGGCCUUCGUAAGAGCAGCUGCUCCUGGGACGCCCCCGGGCGAAGCCUCGGGCUGUAGCCCCGGCCGGCCACAAGAGCUGAGCGCGGCCCACGACGCCGGGGAUAGAGACGGUGCCGCCCUGCCCCGCUGCCCUGCGCCUCCCGCAGCCGCCUCUGCGCCCUGCCCGGGCCCAGCCGUGCCGCUGGCCAGCCCCGGGGCUGCCGGGCGGGGGCCGCUGCCCGGCGCACAGCAGGAAGCAGGGCGAAAGAAGGAGCUGCAGGAGCUCUACCAGCUGGGCCCGCAGCUGGGCAGCGGCGGCUUCGGCACCGUUUUCUCGGGCGUCCGCCUCUCGGACGGGAGGCCGGUGGCCGUCAAACGCGUGGCCCGGGAGAGCGUCCUGCAGUGGGUCGAGCUGGUGACGUCCCCCGGGCGGGACGAAUCCCCAUCACCAGGGAGGCUGCCCGAGGGGCCACGGGGGCAUGCCAGGCAGGGCCCGGCGCAGCCACAGGGCAGUGUCAGGCCCGCUGUAGGCGCUGUCUCCUCCUCACAGCCCGACGGCACCUGCGUUCCGAUGGAGAUCGCGCUCAUGGAGAAGGUGGGCUCCGGCUGCCGCUUCAUCAUCCAGCUGCUGGACUGGUUUGAGCUGCCUGACAGCUUCGCGCUGGUGAUGGAGCGUCCGGAGCGGUCGCGGGAUCUCCUGCAGCUCCUGCGGGAGCACGGGUUCCUGAGCGAGGACAAGGCGCGCUGGCUCUUCUGCCAGGUGCUGUGCGCCGUGCAGCACUGCACCGCCUGCGGCGUCCUGCACCGGGACAUCAAGCCGGAGAACCUCCUCGUGGACCCGGCAUGCGGAGAUCUGAAGCUGAUUGACUUCGGCUGCGGCACCUUCCUCCAGGAGCGAGCCUUCACGCGAUUUGCCGGUGAGCCGAGAGCCCCAGCCCGGGCCCUGCUCCCGGUGCCGGGCACUGCACGGCCCCGUUCCCUCCUCGGCCGUGGCCGUGGGGGGCGGCGUUCAGCCGGCUGCCGCCAGCCCUGUGGCACGGGGCGGAGCCGUGUCCCAGGAGCCGGCUGCCGGCCCUGCCCACACAGGAGGGGGGGCCGCCAAAGCCGGGCCCCGGCCGCUCGGCUCGGCAGCCCCGCGAGGGCUGGGGCUGCCCCGUCGGCCUUGUCUGCCUUGCAGAAGGGGUUCUUGGCUUGGGCCGGAGGGCGCGGAGUGGCCUCGGGGGUGGGGGGAGGUUGUGGCCGGCAGUGCAGCCCCUGCCUCUGGCAGGAGGCUGGCGCCAGGCUCUGGAAGGCAGCAGCCUGCGGCUGGACAGCGCUGCCUGUGUCCCCUAGGAACACAGGCGUACAGCCCGCCCGAGUUGGUGGCCAUGGGCUGCUACCGCGGCGAUUCGGCCACCGUGUGGUCCCUGGGCGUGCUGCUGUACGCAAUGGUGUGCGGGAGCCUCCCCUUCAAGGACAACCGCGCCAUCGUGCUGGGGCAGCUCUUCUUCGGGCCGCAGGUCUCUCCAGGUUGGUACCCGGCCUCAAGCGGGCGGCUUUGGCAGACGGCAGCGCGCAGCCCGGCGCGGCCCUCCCGCAGCUCCGCGGCCCCUGCCCUCAAGGGCCGGCCGCAGGCAGGAGGCGGCCCGUGCCGCCGGGCUCCGUGUGGCACACGCCGCCUGAAGGAGGGGGCCGUGUCCCGCCGGGCCGCCCUCCCGCACCGGGCACCGGCGGCGCUCUGGGCCCGGCGCGGCUCUGAGCACACGCAGCACGGCCCGGGCCCCGCGGGCGUCGGGGGGCGCCGGGCACGAGCCUUCUGCAAGUGACCGCCGCUUUCUGCCUCCUCUCCGCAGAGUGCCAGCACCUCAUCUGCUGGUGUCUGUCCAAGCACCCCGCGGACAGGCCACAGCUGGAGGAGAUCUUGCGCCACCCUUGGCUGCGGGGCUGGCGGUUUUGAGGCCUUGCCAGAGCCUCUGCAGCACCCAGGUACCCGGGCCCAGGCAGGACUCAAUAAAAGACAAAAACACCAAACCAACCACAAACCAAAAAAUAAAACAACCACCAACCCAUUCCCGGCUGUCAGGUCUGGUGCUAUUUGGGACCAUUUCCACUCCGAGCCGAGCCCCAAUGUCCCCUCAUAAUGACCGCCAGCUUGAGGGAGGAGCCGCCAUUUAAGGGAAGCCGUGAGGGGCAAGCAGUCACCCCGCAAAGAAAUGGGGGUAAUCUGGGAAAACACCCACACAUAUCAAACACCCACCAGCUCCCCGAGUGAGGAGGGACCCUGGCAACUCCCAGAGUGACGCCAGCUCCUCUGGUCACUUUUGAAACGUCACCCCCGAAGGGCACGGGAGCAGGUGAUUCCCCAAUGUCAGCAGGCAAGCAGGUGAGGCAGAAGGCUGGC